GCUAAUGUCUCGCUUAGCGCCUACAGACCAGCAAUUUACUGUUUUUUGAUACUUUUGAGAGCAGCCGAAAGGACUUCAUAAUAAAUUUUUGAACAGUAUUUUAAUUUUAAAUGAUGGCAACUCUAAAUGAGUCUGCUUUCAAACUGACAGUUGAGGCGAAUGUAACUGACAGCUUCAUUCGGAUAGCGUUUGUUAAAAGUAAACGUAGUAUUUGUGUAAAAAAUAUUUGUGAAAUCCAAUAAAUAUUAGUAAAGCUCAGAAAAUGGAUGAAGUGAUUGAAGUUAUAGAUUCAGAUGACGAAGAAUCAUUGCCUAGUACUACGGCACCACCACAUUUAGUACAGAUAAAAACUGAUGAAGAUAAUAAUUUACCGAAUACUGCUUUAAAUGCUGGUAGCUUGACUAAAUUAGUUAUCAAUCCCAAAAUUAAUCCUGGAAAUGCUUCACUACAAUAUUGGGACUGUACUAAAUUAAUAACACAAAGAAAAAAUGUGGGAGAAACUGCUGAUACGGCGCAAAAAGUCUUAACGCUGCAAACUUCACAAGUGAGAACUGUGCACAAUACAAUUAUUCGAAAGUUGGUCCCAAAUCAACGUGCGAACUUAUUGCUGCCCACUGGACAAGCUGUUGACACUGGUCCAACAGCUAAUGCAACUACCAGCGGAAAUUCGUCUGCGGAUGCUGUGCUUGGUGGUCAGAAUACCAAUUUACCAACUGUUCGUAAAUUAAAUUUACCAGCUGCAACGGUUGGUGGCUCUGUUCGUUUUGUUAAUGCUUCUAACAGAGCUACCGCUGUGGGUAGCGUUCAAAUGCCUUACAUUACUUUCCGCGCGAAUAUAAAUUCAACAUCACAGGUUGCAAAUCCACGAAUCGUAAGCACUGUUGCUUCUCUUCGUGGAAAUAAAUUUGUUCCUAGCACAUACAGUACUAACAUGGAUAACACAACGAAUGCAAUUAUACGACACAGAUAUCCAAUUAAAUAUUUACCACAAACAAUUUCACGUAGAGCAGUUGAAAUUAAGAGUGAGCGACCACCUGUAGCAGCAUAUGGUUCACCUGCACAGCCGACACGGCCUCCUAUUUAUCGUAACAUAAUAGCGCCAGUACGUAAUCCGAAACUUGUUGCUUUGCCUGCAACACCGACUGGAAUAGCUUCACAGAAUCAGAUAGGCACGCCUCGCCUUUUAGGGGCUUUAAUGAAUUUGCCUGAUUCAGCAAUUAGAUCCAAACCGUUUACUGUCGGAAAUAAAACUUUAAGUUUUAAUAUGGCUGGUAAUAAUUACACUAUUAAAGUGAAUAAAACAUCUUCACAGGAUGUUAUAAAAAACAAUGUGCAUAUGUUUACGGGUAGUACGGCACAAUAUGCACCUACAACCACGUCUACUGAUACAAGCACAACAUCAGGCUCUUCAGUUACAACUGCACCAGUUGCAGAACUAACACUAGAACCUCCGCCAUUAACAAUUUUAAAAACAAAUGUUAACACAACAUCACAGCAUAGCUUAUUAAAAAAUCAAGUUACACCAAACCCACAAAGUGCUGAUUUACCUUCAAUAUCGUCAGCAUCAACAACUGUUAAGAUUGAAACGUCGCCACAGCAACAAAAUAUAAAACGUUCACGUAAAAGUGCUUUAGGUCCAUCUCUGGCAUGUGAUGAUUUUGAAAUUUUAACUUUAUCUCCAGAAAGUCCAAAAACCAGAAAAAAACUAAGAAAAUCUUCACCAAAUAGUAGAUCCCUGCUAAAGUCACAUAAUGCAGCUGCAUCAAAUGAAACUUAUGAAUAUAGUCACAAAGAGCUAAGCAACUUGAAUGUCGUAUUCAGAAAUUUCAUAUUUAAACCAGAAAUUCAACAUCAAAUGCGCAUUAUUGCCGAGGAACGAGCACGUAUAAACUACAUGUUGUCAUCGUGUCGUUUGCCGCAAAUUCAAUUCAAAAAUUUUUCAACUGAGGAGGGACUUCGACAUGAUUUGCAAAAAAGUUUGAAAACACAAAAUAUAGAACUCUUCCCUCUAGCUGUCGUAGACGAUAAUAUGGAUACUGGUAUUAGCUUUUAAUUGGCUAUUAACUAUUAAAGUUUUACAUUAUGCAUGAGAUGAAAACGAAAGGCUGAUAUACUCUUACGGGACUUGUGUUAUUUGCUCAUCGUAAUGACGUGCAGUUAAGGUAUUUACAUAAUUUUCUUUAUUGGUUGUUGAAGUCCGGGCAUUUCGUGGAAACACCUGCUUAGUUUACCUUCGUUGCGAAAGGUACUAAUCCAUUUUCGAUGAUUUAUUUCUAAGAACUGAGAAAACUGGCUCUACAUAAUUUUUUUUAUUUCUUGAACUGAAGAUAUCACUUUAUGGACAGCACUUCAAGAUGAUUUAAUGGAUCAUUGGGCACUUAUGAGAAGGACUGACAGUUAUAUAAAAAGCGGUAUCCAUGAAAAAAAUUUGAUUUCAGACCAAACUUAGUCAUACCCACAUGCGUUUGUAUAUUGUCUAUAAUGCUCAAAUAAAGACGAAAUAAAUAUUCA